CAAGGUGAUACUGUGUCAGAUGUUAGAACAUUAUCAAACGCCUCAACAGUGGACAACAUCAGGUCCAUCUUUGGAAAUGCUGUUAGCAGGGAACUGAUAGAAGUGGGCUGUGAAGAUGCAAGUCUGGCCUUUAAAAUGAAAGGCUACAUCACGAAUGCAAACUACUCUGUGAAGAAAUGCAUAUUUUUACUCUUCAUAAACCCCUGGAAAUAGCCCCUCAGAACGUAGAUGUGAACGUGCACCCUACAAAACAUGAGGUCCACUUCCUUCAUGAGGACAGUAUUCUGGAGCGUGUGCAACAGCAUGUAGAGAGCAAGUUACUGGGCUCUAAUUCUUCAAGGAUGUACUUCACUCAGACAUUGCUUCCAGGGGCCGACUGUUCUUCCAGUGAGGUGGUAAAAUCAGCAGCGAGCUCUUCUGCAGUUACCAAAGGAAGCAGUGAUAAGGUUUAUGCACAUCAGAUGGUCCGUACUGAUGCCCGAGAGCAGAAAUUGGAUGCUUUUCUCCAGCCGGUGAACAACCCCCUAAGUACAGGCCCCCCUGAAGCAACAACAGAGGUUACUGCAGGACCUCCAGAGGGCACGGCCAGGCCGCAGGAUGCUGAAAUGGAAGAUGUCAGUGAUCAGGUUGAAAUGGCAGAUGUUCAGGGGGACACGGUGGUGCCUGGGGGGCUGAGCAAGAGUGGACGCUUGUCUCCUGAGACAGUGCCUCCUCGAAAGAGACCACGGGAAGAUGUGGACAUAGAAAUGGAGAAAGAUGACAGCAGGAAGGACAUGACUGCUGCCUGCACCCCUAGAAGAAGAAUCAUCAAUUUGACCAGUGUAUUGACUCUGCAGGAGGAAAUUAGCAACCAGACACAUGCAAAUCUUCAGGAGAUGCUACAUGAUCACUCAUUUGUUGGCUGUGUCAGUCCUCAGUGGGCUCUCGCACAGUAUCAGACAAAACUGUAUCUUCUCAAUACCACAAAACUCAGCCAAGAACUCUUCUACCAGAUACUUAUUUAUGACUUUGCAAACUUUGGAGUCUUAAGGUUGUCAGAGCCAGCUCCUUUGUAUGAGCUUUCAAUGCUUGCUUUAGAGGAUCCUGAAAGUGGCUGGACAGAAGAAGAUGGACCAAAAGAGGGGCUUGCUGAGUACAUUGUGGAGUUUCUGAAAAAGAAGACUGAAAUGUUGAAAGAUUAUUUUUCUCUUGAAAUUGAUGAGGAAGGAAACCUGAUUGGGUUACCACUUCUGAUAGACAACUAUGUUCCACCACUGGAAGGACUACCCAUGUUCAUCCUUCGCUUGGCCACAGAGGUAAACUGGGAUGAAGAAAAGGAGUGUUUUGAAACCCUCAGUAAAGAAUUAGCUAUGUUCUACUCCAUUAGAAAGCAAUAUAUACUAGAUGAAGCCAACCUGACAACCUCUCAGAAUGAAGAUCCUGACUCCAGUUCAACCACAUGGAAAUGGACAGUGGAACAUGUACUUUACAAAGCUUUUAGGACUCAUCUUUUACCUCCUAAACACUUCACAGAGGAUGGCAACAUUUUGCAGCUUGCUAACCUCCCUGACCUCUACAAAGUUUUUGAGAGAUGUUGAGCAAGUAGUUAGUGGAGACUGGUGCAUAUCUAAAAAAUGUUCAUGCUACAUUGUUUUACUCUGUAGAUGAUAAAGCUGGACUUGAUGGAGGAAAGAAAAAGGGGUUUUAAUAUCAUGCUAACACAAUAGCAAAUGGUCAAUCUUUCUUCUUUUGAUCAAAGAAUAAAAAGAAUUGUUUUAGCUAUAUCUAAACCCAGCUGAAGUUCCUAAAAUAAAAUCUCCACUUAUACUUUGAGUUUCA